UUUUGCACCUAAGUAGAGCUGCAAAAUAGUAAAAUAUUUUCAAGCAAGCCAUGGAUGGUCUUCAGUAUUUAUCUGAAGUUAGUGAUGCUGAAUCUUUCAGAAGUUCAGAAAAUCUCAGAUCUAGAAGUAAAAGUAAAAAAAAGAUUAAAUCAAGCAGCAAACACAUUAAAUCUGAACAUAUAGAUUAUGAAAGUGAUAUGACUAAUUUCCAUGAAAAUAAAAAAUUCAAAACCAGAAGUAAAAUAGAAGAUUCUUACAAUAAAGAUGACUCAAGAGCUCGCUCCAAACAUAUGGAAUAUGAGAAAUAUAGUGAAACUCAACAUAGACGGAAGCACAAGAGAAGAAGAUUAAGCCAUUCUCCUACUUUGGAUUCAGAAAUUCUUGAAAACUCUAUUAAAAGUCAAAAAAAUAUUCAUAAGCUUGAAGUUAAAGAAGAAAACCAUCACCGAAGUAAUUCUAAAAGUAACAAAAGACACAAAUCUCAUCACAAAAAGAAGAAAAGCCGACACCAUGACUCUGAAAUGGAUACUUCAGUGGAUUACAAGCGCAAAUCAAAGAGACGUCAUCAUAGUGGAAGCUCAUCUAGUUCAUCUAGCAAUGAAGGGGCCAAAUUUUCAAGAGUCAAAGAGGAGAGAAUGUCUCCCAGCACCAAUGGAGUUGAUUCUCCUUCCAGAGUCCCAGAUAUUUCUCGGUGGGAAGACUCAACCAGCAACAGCAGAAGCAGUUCCCGCCGCCCUCAGACUGCAAGCAAUGCAGUGAAAAGAGAGACCUUGUCAGGCAGUGACACUGAGGAUCGGCGGGGGGAGAGCAACUGGAGAGGUUCUGCUACAAAUGGCAACUUACAGCAAAACAACAGGGAACAGUGGGGCCGGCCAAGUGCAGUCAAGGAAGAAGUUGAGCCUAUAGAGAAAGCUAAACCUAACCUCGGGCUGUCAGGGAAGCUGGCGGAGGACACCAAUACUUACAAGGGCGUUGUCAUCAAAUACUCUCAACCCCCUGAAGCAAGGAAGCCUAAACGGAGAUGGCGAUGGUACAUUUUCAAAGGUGAUGAGGAAUUGCCGUUUCUGCCCCUGCACCGGCAGAGCGCUUACCUGAUCGGUCGUGAGAGGCGGGUGGUCGAUGUGCCUACGGACCAUCCUUCGUGCAGCAAGCAGCACGCCGUGCUCCAGUACCGCCUGGUGCGCUACACUCGCGAUGACGGCACCGUUGGGCGCACAGUGAAGCCAUACAUCAUAGACUUGGAUUCGGCCAACGGAACGUACGUGAACAAUCGACGCAUCACGACGCGCUCCUACGUCGAGCUCAUGGAAAAAGACGUAGUGAAAUUCGGCUACAGCAGCCGAGAAUACGUCCUCCUGCACGAGACGUCUAAAGACAGCGACGCUGAUACCGCAGACGCCGGUCUGGACAUGAGUCCCGUGUCUGCUCUUAUGAACAUGUGAGAACCGAACUCCCCAAGUUGAUCAUAGCAUCUAACUGUUAUUUGAAGCCUUUUUGAUAUGUUCUGAUGAGUAACACUCCUAACAUUGGGUGAGAGCAGAACUACAAAAUGUGGUGUUGGUUGAGAUUAAAGAUGUCGAGUGCUGGAUUCGAUUAGUAAACAUGUUGAAUCAGUGCACAUGCGAGGGAAGAAGGUGAUCAGGGAAAACUAGGACGUUUGACAUUUAUAGUUGUAUGAUUUGAAUGAAACAUUCAAUUAGCAGACACUGGAAAUGAAUUUAGGUCUAGGUAAUUUGUUUCUCAGAUGAAUGGCAAACCUCUAUUCUGUCAUGAAUAUUCUGAAAUUCUGUCUAUUCUGAUACCCUUGAUUGAUGGGUAUUCAUGUAAGAAGAAUGCCUGACAGAGGAAGUAAUUAGUUGGUUCCUUGUUAACAUGGCUUGUAAAAUAUUGUUGCCAAUAGUUGUUUCAAUGCAUUAUUACUUUGAUAUAUUGUACUGUACAAUAUACGUAGACACUAUCACUAGUGACGAUGACACUUGGGCAACGCGGGCGCAUCCAAAAUAGACAGUUAGUGCUCUUGUCAUUUGAAUUGACAUGUUUUUGGGGGGAUCUUGGUGAUUAAUUUGAAACUUCUUGACGAUGAAGGUUCUCACGAAUGAUUUGUAUAUAUGCUGCUCUGAAAGAGAUAUCGUUUCAAGGCAAUUUUGUCUUAAGUCUGCUCAUUUCUACUCUCAUCAGUUUCACCGACCUGUACCUAACGAGUUGUUUUCUAUAUAAUUUGUGACCAAUUUGAAGGCCAUUAUACCAGUUAGAUAUCACUUCAUGUUAUUCAAAGUUUCAUUUUCAAUUUUGAUUGUACAUGCAAUUAUAUUUGUGUAUUAUAAGUACUUUUUACAUACAAGCUACAAACAGCA